AUGGAAUGCCUUCCAUCUACCUUUUCAUCCUUCCAGGUGGCGUCAUACAUUCUUUGCCAUCUCUUGGGGGCAGAGAGAAAGCAGCUUCCGUGCAGCCUGAUCGGGGUCUGGUGACCUUUGAAGAGGUGUUUGUUCAUUUCACCGAGGAGGAGUGGGCUCUGCUGGAUCUGGACCAAAGAAGGCUUCACAAGGAAGUCAUGGAGGACAAUUGUCAGAAUGUGGCCUCUCUGGAAGCUGAUGGUCUCCAGAACAAGUGCAAGGUAGAACCACAACACCUCCUAUAUGAUGAAAAGCAGCAGAGAAGAAACACUGGAACACAACAGAAACCACAUACAUUCUUGGAGUAUGGAAAGAGUUUUGCUCGGACUGACAAUCUAAAAGCCCAUCAGCAAAUCCACACUGGAGAGAAGCCACAUCGAUGCUUGGAGUGUGGAAAGAGUUUUGCUCAGUGUUCUCAGCUUACUAAGCAUCAAUGUAUCCAUACUGGGGAGAAACCAUAUAAAAGCUUCCAUUGUAAAAAGAGUUUUGCUCAGACUGACAAGUUAAAAGCCCAUCAACGAAUCCACACUGGAGAGAAACCACAUAAAUGCUUGGAGUGUGGAAAGCGUUUUGCUCGGACUGACAAUCUAAAAGCCCAUCAGCAAAUCCACACUGGAGAGAAACCAAACAAAUGCUUGGAGUGUGGAAAGAGUUUUGCUCAGCGUUCACAGCUUACUAAACAUCAAUGUAUCCAUCCUGGGGAGAAACCAUAUAAAUGCUUCGAUUGUAAAAAGAGUUUUGCUCGGACUGACAUGCUAAAAGCCCAUCAACAACUCCAUUCUGGAGAGAAGCCACAUCGAUGCUUGGAGUGUGGAAAGAGUUUUGCUCAGCGUUCUCAGCUUACUAAGCAUCAAUGUAUCCAUACUGGGGAGAAACCAUAUAAAAGCUUCCAUUGUAAAAAGAGUUUUGCUCAGACUGACAAGUUAAAAGCCCAUCAACGAAUCCACACUGGAGAGAAACCACAUAAAUGCUUGGAGUGUGGAAAGCGUUUUGCUCGGACUGACAAUCUAAAAGCCCAUCAGCGAAUCCACACUGGAGAGAAACCACAUAAAUGCUUGGAGUGUGGAAAGAAUUUUGCUCGGACUGACAAGCUAAAAGCCCAUCAACGAAUCCACACUGGAGAGAAACCACAUAAAUGCUUGGAGUGUGGAAAGAAUUUUGCUCGGACUGACAAGCUAAAAGCCCAUCAGCAAAUCCACACUGGAGAGAAACCACAUAAAUGCUUGGAGUGUGGAAAGAAUUUUGCUCGGACUGACAAGCUAAAAGCCCAUCAACGAAUCCACACUGGAGAGAAACCACAUAAAUGCUUGGAGUAUGGAAAGCAUUUUGCUCGGACUGACAAGCUAAAAGCCCAUCAGCCCAUCCACAUUGGGGGAGGGGGGAACCACAUAAAUGCUUGGAGUGUGUAA